ACCAUUCAAAGAUAACCAAAGACCAUUCAAUAUGGCAAACUCCCGCUCAUCCUCCAUCAACAUCCACGACGCCAUCACGGCACACCUCGCCGCGGGUCCAAUGACCCCGGAUGCGCUGAGGCGCAUCAUGGAGGGCUCGUCCUCCACCACCACCACCGCCACCGCUGCUGCCGCUGCCGCUACUGUGGCCACCACCACCUCCUCCACCAUCACCGAGAGUCGCCCACGGGCACUUUCGAGUACCCACAGCUGGCGCUUUCGCUUCGGGCGCCGCAACCGCCGGGCAGCAAUGCCCACCAUCCAAGAGGAACCACGGGCUCCUCUCUUGAAUCCUCGUGCGGAGGAUUUCGUUCCCCGCAACACCACCACAGCAUCCUCUUAG